UUUUAAUUUAUUUUUUUCAUUUUUUUUCUUGCUUUUCUGAUGAUUUAAAGUCGCCUUUUUGUUUGCUUGUUUCGAAUGAUAACUUUUUGUUUUAAAACGAUUUUUUGUUCUCAUUUUUAAUUGUUUUUUUUCAACCGAUUUCCGAAAAGUGAAAUUUUUUUUCUGAAUUCGAAUCGUCCGAAACAUUUUUUUGAGUUUUUGAGUUUCUCGGGUUCCUCUUCUCCUACUGUUGCUUUUGCUACUACUACAACCGUUCCUGGAACCUAGAAUCUUGUUGAUGUUGAUGUUGUUGUCAAUCAUAAUCGACUCUAAUCAAUCAAUCAAUCAAUCAAUUUUGAUUUGAUUUGAUUUUUUCCAAUUAAUAUCGUACCGGAAAUUGAAUUUCGGUGAAGUGUGCUGUUGUUUUUGUUUUUGUUGUCAUCCAAAAUUGUAAUGUCAAUUGCUAUUAGCUAAAACAAAACAAAAACAAACGACGACGAUCAAAACAAGAAGAUCUGAAAACUAUUUUUCAACGACAAAUAUUCAUCCAUUCAAUUGAAUAUAGAAAAUGAUUGAAAACAACGACAAUAAUAAUAAACGGGAAAGAAUACGAAACAAUCCCAUGAUGAUCAUUUCCAAUGAUCAUUGUAAAAAUAAUAUUUCCAAUCAACUAUUUCAUCAUCAUCACCAUGAUGAGCAACAACAAAUGAAUCAACAAUAUUCAAAUGAUUAUAGCAUCAAUAAUUUCAUUAACAACAACAACCAUAAUAAUAAUAAUAAUGAUGAUAAUUUAAAAAAUAAUUAUAAAUAUCAACAACAACAACAUCGAAAUGAACGUUUGAAACGUUGUCGUCGUAGUCGUUUUAAUUCAACUUUGGCCUUACCAAAUUUCAUCAAUAAUAAUAAUAAUUAUAAAAUGAAUAGCUUAUUAUCAAUAUUAUCAAUAUUAUUAUUUAUAUUGAUUGAUAUUAAUAUUAAUAUUGUUGGUAUACAAGCAUCAAUACAACAACGUAAUGCAUUACAAGUGAUCUCAGAAAAUCCGGAAUUAUCAAUGUUUAAACGAAUGAUUGAAAAUGAUUCAAUUUUUCCAUCAAUGUUUAAAUCAUGGAAAGUAACAAUAUUUGUACCAAAUGAUCAGGCUAUAAAAUCAUUUUUGGAACGUAAUUCACAACAAUCGGAUGCAUUCAAUUCAGAUCUAUUAAAAUAUCAUAUUGUAUCAGCUUCAAUUAAACGUAAUUCAUGGAAUGAAGCAUCACCGGCAAAUGCUUUGAAUGGACAAUAUCCACCACUUUUUCUAACAAAUAUUGAUAAUCCACUUAAACCGGAUGAAAAAUUAUAUUAUGUUAAUAAUGCUCUUGUUUCGGAAGCAUUUGAAGAUUUGAAAGGUGAAGGUUCGAAUGAAGAUCAAUCGGUUUAUAUUAUUGAUGAAGUACUUUCAUCAUUGAAACCAAAUCGACAAACAGCACCAACUGCAUUAGAAUUGCUUAAAGAACCAUCAAUCUAUGGAUUAGAUAGAUUUGAUAUGUCAUCAUUUUUGAGAAAAAUUCAGGAAAAACAAUUGGAAUCAAUAUUUUCAACACCGGGUACAUUUUUUAUUCCAACUAAAGUGGCUAGCCGUGGUACACCAGAAUUUGAUCAAUAUGUUAUUCAAUCUCAUGUUGUUCCAGAUAAAUCAUUAUUUACACGAACAAUGGGUGAUCGUCGUACCUAUAAUACAAUGGCUUUUGAUGGAAAUGUUGAUGUUGAACUUUCAUUCAUUAACAAAACUGUACGAUUUAACAUUGAACAAAUGUAUUAUAUUCAAACAAAUACAAUAAAAAGUAAUGCUAUACAUAAAUCUGGUCGUGUAUUAAGUCGAAUGAUAAUGGCAAAUAUUCCUGUUAAAAAUGGUGUUGUUCAUAUUAUUGAAAAACCAUUAAUGUUAAUGGAUAUUGCUAUUAGAGAUUUUCUUCGUGAACAAAAUAAAUUGAAACGUUUCUAUAAAUUAUUGGAAAAACAUCCAGAUGUAUUGAGCGAUAUUGAUAAACAUUCAAACAAAACUAUAUUGGCACCUGAUGAUAAUGCAUUUACUAAUCUUAUGGAUAAUCAUCAAAAUUUUGCUGGUACUGGUGAAGAAUCGGAUGAAAUGAAAAAAUUGCUUUUAAAUCAUGUUGUAUAUCAUCAAGUAUCAUCUAGUGAUCUUAAAAAAAGUGGUGGAUUCGCUAAUUAUACAUCGGCCAAUGAUGUUCCUGUUAUUUUCCGUUUAGUUGGAAUGGAACAUAACACAAGAUUGACAGUUGAAAGUGGUGGAGUGAAUGCAACAUCAUCGUUAUCCGAUUUAGGUGCAUCCGAUGGUAUAUUACAUAUUAUUGAUCGUGUUCUUGGAAUGCCAUUCAAAACAAUUUACGAAAAAUUAAUCGAUAAUCCAAUGUUGAAUGAAACAUUCCAAAUUGGAUCACAAGGCGGUACACAGAAUUGGAAUUCCAAAUUAAUGGAUAAAAAUAAACGUUAUACAUUUUUUGCUCCAUCGAAUACUGCCUGGAUGGAAUUUGAAAAAGCAAAUCCAUCUGAAUUUAAACAACUUGACCAGGGCCUUUAUCCAGCCAUUUCACGAGCUAUUUUAGAUCGCCAUAUUUCAGCUAAAGGUCAAUAUAAUAAAAAAGAUUUGGAACAAACAAUCAAAAAAGUUGAAACUGUUCAAGGUGAACUAAUUAUUUCACCUGAUCCUACAACACGCGAUAUUUAUAUCGAAUGGGAAGGACAACGGGCCAAAAUAAUUAGUUCGGAUAUUAACGGAUUAAACGGUGUCAUUCACAUUAUUGACAAAGUAUUGGCAAAAAGACGUGAUUUUCAAGUCAAUGCUGCCAUCAGUAGCUAUUCAUAUUGCUGCCAUGUUUUACUUUACAUUAUUAUGGGCCUUGUUACCAUUAUGUUCAACCGAAUUAGUUUGUUUUAAACAAACGGAAUGGGAAAAGGAAAAAAAAGAAAACAACAAAAAGGAUA